AUGCCUGCCUCUCCGGCGCCCGCAUCUCCUACCGUCGCGACCGCACCGCCCAAAGAACCGAACGCGUCCUCAUUCUCCGUUACAUCCGCGAGCUUUGACAACCAAGAACACUCGCAGGCGCUCCCAGAGCAGCGGGCAUCCUCCCGCCCAAUGUCCAUGAUACAGACAUACCAGCCGCCCGUCAUGGAGGUCGGCCAGGACACUCUCCCAGAGCUGCAACGUAUCUUCAUGUUCCUAAACAGCCAUUCCAAUAAGCUGUACCAGGAAGGCUACUUCCUCAAGUUCCACGACACGGAUACGCGCGGCCGCCCCGCUCCAGACCGUGUCUGGCAAGAGUGCUUUGCCCAACUGGCCGGCACCAUUCUGUCUCUAUGGGACGCGAGCGAACUAGACAAGGUCAAUCCGGACCAGUCUACUAAUGAUGCAGAAGUGGUACCGACGUUUAUCAACCUGACAGAUGCUGCCAUUUCCAUGAUGCCCUCGAUGACGCUCACGGACGACAAGAAACUCGACAACAUCCUAAGCAUAUCUACCGCUGCGAGCAACAAGUACUUGUUUCACUUCAACUCCUUCAACUCGCUCACCCAGUGGACUGCUGGUAUUCGACUCGCUGUGUACGAGCACACCUCGCUACAGGAGGCAUACACCGGAGCACUCAUCGCCGGUAAGGGGAAGCAACUAAACAACAUCCGCACACUUUUGGACCGACAGCGUACAAAGUACGAAGACUGGGUGCGCGUGAGAUUUGGCGCAGGAACGCCGUGGCGACGGUGCUGGUGUGUUGUAAGCCCACCAGACGAGAAGGAAUUCGCCAAACUACAGAAAACAGAAAAGAAAAAGGACGUCUACAACCGAACCCCUACUACCCUUAAAGGCGACGUCAAAUUUUACGACUCGAGAAAGGUCGGCAAGAAGACACGACCAAUUGCAACAGUCACGGACGCCUAUUCGUGCUAUUCCAUUUAUCCGCAGUCAAAGCAACUCAUUGAUCAGUCAACUCUGGUCAAAUUGGAGGGAAAGAUUACCGUACACUCAAAGCCCGAGCAGACAACCGAGGGAUUCGUUUUUGUCAUGCCAGAAUCACGCCCCGCAAUCACUGGAUUCGAGAUCAUGCUCCAAUUCCUCUUCCCCGUCUUCGACACCUUCGCUUUGUACGGACGCCCAAACAAGCUCGUUGCAGAUGUAUUGGAUUCUCGUGGUCUCAUGUUUGCCAUGCCACCAGACAGGCGCUACGGUUAUUUGGAAAUGUGGGACGUUGUAUCUCUGAUUCACACCGAGGGCAGUGACAGCUGGACGGAACGACAAUGGCGCCGAGAGCUGAAGGAUCUGACAUCCAAACGUAUGGCAACAAUGCCUCGCACACGCAGCAGGGCUGGAACCGUGGGCACACGAAGGAACACGUUGCAAGGCCGGACGUACCUUCCACCUUCGCGCAGUGGAAGUGUGAGAUUCGAGGAGCCAGGCUCCGUAAGUUCGCAACCUUCUACGCGCCAGCCAUCUCCGACUUUGGUAGAAGGUGUCGAACCAGAGGCGCAGCGACGAGUCGACUCGGCACCGCCAACUGGCGCAUUUGCGACCCCUCGUCAUCAACGAUCUGUAUCAGAACAGGUCAACGGGUACAAACAGUCACCAUCUCGUCUGGCACAACUCGAAAGCGUCAAUGACUACAGCGCUAUGGCUCCCUCUCUGUCAAACGGUCAGGUCAACGGUACAUCCAGAUCUGUUGAUGAACCCGAGAUCUCGGACCCUCCAAGCCCGGACUCAGCUGACUCGCCAUUGGAACCUCGCGACCUUCCUCAAGUUCAAGUUGCACCCACUGCUCCGCCACAGGGUCCUGUAGCGUCUCCUCCUAGUUUCGCUCACGCUCCGGGCCAGAAGCCUCCCGUACAUGUGCAGCACCCAGGCACGAAGCCUGAUGCCCACAUGGACCCAGCAACGUUGCAUCAACUGGCUGACGCAACGAAUACGCCUAUACCCCCGGGAAUCGCUGUCGCUGGUGCCGCUGCUGCAUGGAAGGGUCAGGAUGGCUCGAGUGGUUUGAGAAACGGUAAUGCUGGAAACGAGAUGUAUCAAAAUGACGAUACCAAUCAUCUCUACGCCCAAGGUGCGUACAACAGCCAUUCCGGUUAUUCCGGUAACCGUCUUUCUACUAUUCCUGCGUCACCAUACGUCGAGCAAGAUCAAUUCGUAGGAUCACCUGCCACGUACCAGCCUUCCGGCCCUCCUGUUCCUGAGCAUGUUGAGCUACCGCAACAACAAGGUAACGACGACUAUACUCAAAAUGCAUAUCCUGGUAGCGGAGGGGGCCAACUUCAGCGCAAACCAGUACCAGGUCGGUCAUUGCCCCUACGAGGGGACGACACCCGCUCAACUCGCUCAACAACAAGCUCAAAUCUAGACAGUUUACGAAACGUUGUAAUCGACCCCGAAGCUCUCGACCGCCUAGAGUACACCGACCCUGCGUUGUUGAGGCACGCAAGUCAGUCAAGCAGUCGCUAUAGCCGUGAUGAUGCCAUGUCUACAUCCACGCCGGAUUAUGCUAGCACGAUAAGCGAAGAAGCACAGCCCCAGCAGCCAAACAGGCGAAUGCCAGAUCGACCGCGAAGCGGUAUGCUUAAGUUCGUGGGAAAUCCCGAUCUGAACCCCAAAACGGAGGUGGUGGUUGGUGAUACGCACUACAAGCCAAGCGACAAGCCGCUUCAGGCGACAUCGGACAUUCCAACCAUUGACUUUGGUCCUACAUAUCUCAUGGACCCAAAUGCCAAACGCCCCGGAACCAGUGGUACCAUGACACAAGGUAUGCAUAAUGGCACUUUCUCAGAGGCAAAGGAAAAUCUAGCGCUAUCUGGCGAGCAAAAACGGCAGUCAUAUACCGGAAGAACCACCCCAACCAUGCACAUGCGUACCACAUCGGGCUCACCGCAGAUCUUGGACAAUCGUAGCGUGGCAUGGUCACCCGGUAUGGUGUCCCAGCCCCAAUCAAACAGCCAGAAAUUGGAGGCUGAGGAUUGGGUAGCUCAACGUGCUGCCGUCCCUAACCAAACUAUGACGCCUUCAGCAAACGCUCAUUCUAGAAGCAUGUCCCACACACCGCCUAUAAGUCGAACGCAGUCGGGCGAUUGGUCACAUUACUUUGGCGCAGAGAACAGUCCUGCACGGUCACCAAGCCGUCCGCUCAGCCGACCUUUGUCAAGAGGUGCCGGUCAGCUACUUGAGCAGCGCCCAAUGUCUACACUCAUUGACCAACGUCCGACAUCGCUUAGUGCUCGCGAACAAGAACAAGUCGCUAGGAUCACAAAUACACCUCUUCUCGACCUGUCCAAAAAGAACAAGAAGGAGCAGAAGCCGUCUUCUGCAGGUUUGACUGCAUAUAUCGAUUAUAGGGAGAAAGAGAAGGCCGCCGCCAAGUCCAAUCGUGGUACAUCGGCGGCUAUGCAGACUGAGAUUGAUCGACGUAUGAUGGCUGCGCAACAACGCCAGAUGAUGGAGAUGCAGCAUAUGGGACAGCAAGCACAAAUCGGUCAGCCAAUGGCCAUGACUCCAAGCGGCUAUGCUACGCCAAACAUGAUGGCCACACCGCAAGGAUACCCCCAAGCAUACGCGUACUCGACGCCCCAGCAGAUGCAGCAAAUGUACCAACAGCAAGGUUACUUUCCCCAGCAGAUGACUCCGAUGCCAGGCCCGAUGCCAGGCGGCUGGGGUACGCCGAGCCCGCAGUCGAUGCCCCCGCAGUAUUUCAUGCAGCAGCCUCAGCAGCAGCAGCAGCAGUACCAGCAACAGCCUGCUACGCAGCCGUACGGCGCAAGCUUCGACCAGGCGCAGGCGGCGGCGCGAUAUGCGCACCAGCAGGGACAGCAAAGAAGGCAGUACUAA